CCGCAGUCGGCUCAGCAGUCUGGGGGACAGUUCCAUGGUGCUGAAAGUAAGCUCUGGGCUUCUGGGCUCCCCGUCUGUCAGGAACUUUGCCCCAGCCAUGUUUGCAACGGUGCGGUGCAGCUUGGUGUUGGUUUCUUUUUUCUUCUGGGAAGGAUGCGCCCAGAAUUUCGGGCAGACUCGGUUUAUCUGCACCUCGGUGCCGGUGGAUAUGGACAUGUGCACUUCUUCCAUGCAGAGCGGGGGCAGCACGGAAGACCUGAAGACCACCGUCCUCCAGCUGCGGGAAACGGUGCUUCAGCAAAAGGAGACCAUCAUGAACCAAAAGGAAACCAUUAGGGAACUGACCACGAAGCUGGGCCGGUGUGAGAGCCAGAGCUUGCUCGAGACCCUGCCGGGGGAAUCCAAACCAGGUGGGGGCAGGAAGCAAACCGGAUCUUCCAAAAACACCAUGGGAGACCUCUCCCGGACUCCAGCGGGCGAGACCUUGAGCCAACUUGGGCAAACUUUGCAGUCACUUAAGACAAGGCUAGAAAACUUGGAGCAAUUUAGUAGGAUGAAUUCUUCCAGCCAGACCAAUUCCUUGAAGGAUAUCCUCCAGAAUAACAUUGACGACUUAGAGAAGCAAGUGUUGUCCCGGAUUAACAGCCUGGAGGAAGGAAAGUACAACCCCAAGAACGAGUCGGAAGAAAGAGGGAAAAUAGAAAGCACUUUAACUUCCCUUCACCAAAGGAUCAGUGACCUAGAGAAAGGUCAGAAAGACAAUCGGCCAACUGACAAGUUUCAGCUGACUUUCCCUUUGCGAACUAACUACAUGUAUGCCAAGGUGAAGAAAAGCCUGCCAGAGAUGUAUGCCUUUACUAUUUGCAUGUGGAUAAAAUCCAAUGCCUCCCCGGGUGUAGGUACACCUUUCUCUUAUGCAGUACCUGGACAAGCCAAUGAAUUAGUGCUUAUUGAAUGGGGCAACAAUCCCAUGGAGAUUCUUAUCAAUGACAAGGUAGCAAAGCUUCCUUUUGUCAUUAAUGAUGGGAAAUGGCACCACAUCUGCAUCACAUGGACCACUCGGGAUGGUGUCUGGGAGGCUUACCAGGAUGGCACACAACGAGGCAAUGGGGAAAAUCUGGCCCCUUACCACCCUAUCAAACCACAAGGAGUCCUUGUUCUGGGACAGGAACAGGAUACUCUUGGUGGUGGAUUUGAUGCCACUCAAGCGUUUGUGGGAGAACUAGCCCAUUUCAACAUCUGGGACCGAAAACUCACCCCUGGGGAGAUCUACAACCUCGCCACUUGCAGCACCAAAGCCCUGUCGGGUAGUGUCAUAGCCUGGUCUGAGACCAACAUCGAUAUUUAUGGCGGAGCCACCAAAUGGACCUUUGAAGCCUGCCGUCAGAUCAACUAGAAGUGCUGAUUCUCCCCCUCCCCCUUUCCCAUUUCAAAUCCAUUCAACCCUCGCUUAACAGACAUUCUCCCCACCCAGGAAUGAAUUAUGGAGAACUGUUUUCUUUCUUCUACCUUUCCCCCUCCCUUAAACAUUUCUGUUUUUUUUUCCCCAAAAAAGAAAAUGACCUUUUAUUUUUAUUUUUACUUUUGGUCUAAGAGACUUGGGCCACGUUUCUCUGACAACUGCUGUCAAAGGGGAGGGAGUGCUCCUUGUUUCCCUUUCUCCUCCUUUCAUCCCUUUCUCCUUUGAAUUGAGACCUCCCCCCUCCCCUGCCCUUUUUAUGCUUUAUGAAAUCUCAUUACGGAAUGGUCUGAAUUUUUUUUUUUCCUGGCUUGCCAACUUCGUUUUUGAAGCCUGAGUGCCUUUGGGCUGGUGCGACUCUUUCAGCACAUUUGUCUUCAUUUGCAUAUACUUUUUUAAAAGGAUAACUCUAUAUUCCUACUUUCUUCAGUAUCUUUUAAGCAGCCAUCCACUGGGGGGGGGGGCAGAGAUUUAUUUUAUAUUACCAACUAUUCUGUGAGUGAUAGGAGGACAGAUGCUUUUGAAUAACACAUGAUGGUGGCUUUACUAGAAGACUUGUGUGUGUGUGUGGUGUUUAGGACAGUUCUCCUAAGCCUCUUCUGGGGUGGGGGGGGUGAGCAUUGUCCCUCACUGUGUGCAAUCCUUGCUGCGGCCAAGGUAGAAGAGAGCCAUCUUUACCCACCAAGGGUACAUGUGAGACUCAGGAGCAUUGCCAGGCCAAGGAUCCUAGGCAGUUUGUCCAGAUCCUGGCCUUUUUCUUUUUUUCUUUUGGUAGGAGCAGCUGCCUCCUCUCUAUUUUAAUGGAGCGGCAGUGUGGCUCCUUUUCCUACUCUGCCUUCAUCUUGCUGUACAGCUAGAGGAGCUGCCUCUGUUAGUCAUUGCAAAGCCUAGGCACAAAAAUCUGCAGAACCUUUCCUCCACAGGCAGUGAGUUUCUGCUUCUCCCAAAGCUCGGAGACCUGAAGACCCCAGAGAAUUCCCUUGUUCCUUUCUUUGAACCCUACUUUCUCAGUUCCACUGCAGGCUCUUACUUGCCUUCCCCUCCAAAGGCCA